AUGCCGUUCACGCGUGCUGAGCGUAUCGCUAUCAUAGGAGGCGGCUGUACUGGAGUCACCUGCUUCUGGGCUCUACAGGGAUCUGAACACGAUGUCCACCUGUUUGAGGCAUCCUCGUCCUUAAAUGGGCGUAUUAAGGUCCUCCCAUAUGAACAUGGCGAAAACCGUGUCGACGUAGAUACGGAAUCGCCGUCGUUCAAUGCUAUGACCUCCCCCAACCUUGUCUCGCUGCUUUGUUGUCUUGGGAUUACCGUAUCUGCGGUCCCAUUCAGCUUCAGCGUAUCAGAUGGUACCAACACUUUUGAAUGGUGUGGAGGCUUUCUAAAAAGCAUAUUGCUCCGCCCUUUGCUGUUGGGCAGUUUAGAGACGUAUCGUCUAUUGCUGGACCUUGUCCUGUUGAAGUACUUGAAUUCAGAUUCAUUGACAUUCAAAUAUUGGACUGGUGGAACAUGCAAAUGUCAUAAAACCUCCAGUAUAUAUGAAGGCCUUUCAAGAAAGGGAUACUCAAAUAUUUUCCGUGACAACUACUUGGCUCCAUUGCUUUCGGCUCUCUGGAGGACGAACGCAGGCAGGUUUCUCCCAUCGUUUCCUUUCGAUGCUCUCGUUCGCUGUUUAAAUGACCAUCAAAUGCUUUGCCGUACUCCGGAAUGGCGUCGUAUCGACAUGGGUGUGAACAACUUUAUCGAGGCCAUGACCAGGAACUUUCCUCUUGAACGGGUCCACCUCAACACAAACAUUCGCGAGAUACAGUUGUCUGGCAAGGGACAAUAUAGCCUCAUUACUUCCGACGGCCAGCAGCUGUAUUUCGAUCACAUCGUCUUUGCUGUGGAUGGUCAAGAAAUCCUGCGCUUGUGGCACCCGAAACUAUUAAGUGUUGAAGAAAAGGAAAUCAUCGAGCACCUCAAAACAACUAAAAAUAUCGCUGUUUUACAUUCAGACGUGCUGCUUACAACUAGAAUAUCUCGGUCGGCCUACAUUUACAACGUAGCCACCAGCAGCCACCAACACCGUCACGGUGAUUCAACGGCUCUUAAAUCCUGCCUCACAUACAAUGUCAAUACUCUCCAGGGCAUCCCUUCCUCCCUUUUUGGACCUAUUUUUAUCACUUUGAACCCUUUCAUUCCACCACAUCCUCGAUUUGUCCAAGGAAUAUGGGAGUUCACCGACCCCGAGCUCAGAUCGGAAACCCUCCACGCACAAGCCCGGCUGCCUUCCAUCCAGAACAAACGUGGUCUUAGCUAUGGCUUCCGCUGGACUGGCCGUGGCUUCCUAGAGGACUCGAUCACUGCUGGUCUAGAGAUUGCCGUGGAACAUCUAGGUGCCAAAUUGCCCUUUGAAAUCGAUCGUCAGUAUCCUUUAGACUCGUCGGAGCCCGUUUCCCUAAAUUCGGGCCUGAAAGACCAUCUUGUUCGGGUGACUCUUACUCUCAUCCGGAUCUAUGUUCAAUUGCUUCAACUUGGCCUAGUUCUGCUGGGAGCUAUUGGGACCUUUUUCCCAGGGAUAAGGGCUCUAUUCAUGCGGUUGAACAAAAUCAGGGUGUUCAAACCGGUGUGA